CCUGUGUGUUGGUGUUGUCAUGCUGACGACAUAGGAAGCUAAUUGAAGGCUAACCCUGUCAAACUAACGACCAUCCUAAUUUUCGUGAUCAGUGUUACUUUUAGAUAGUUUUUCCACAAUUUCAAAGCUUGAAUCAUGAUGCAAUUUAUCCUUGGCUUCACUCUGGGGAACGUGGUUGGCAUGUAUCUGGCACAGAACUACGAGGUACCCAACAUUUCAAAGAAAAUCGAGGCCUUUAAAAAGGAUGUGGAAGCCAAGAAGAAACCCCCAGGCCCAGAGUGACGGACACGAGUCCUGCCUGGAAAUAUCAUAUGGCUAUUUAUAAAAUAUCUGAAGAUGGCGGGACAUUUAAGAACAAGCAUAUAAUAUAGUAAAUAUUAUUGUUAAAGUAUAAACAAAAGAGCCCUCAAGAUGAACAGUAUAUUCAAAUAGUGUCAAAUAGUGCCUAAACAUCUCAUUUGAACAUUGAUGUGUUUUGCAUUUUUGCAUUGUAUUCUCUCUCUCUCUCUCUCUUCAUGGGUUUUUUGUAUUUAUUGAGAAACAUGUUUGCAGUGCAAAUUGUUGUGGACAAAUAGAAACUGCACGUAAAAUCAGUUAUUCAAAACAAAUUACGGAAGUUUUAAAAGCUUCUUUAUACUAUUAUGUAAUAAAGGUUAUACAAAUAAAAUUACAGUUUUUAAGUUG